GUCCUCGUUCCGCCGUUCCGUGACUACAGUGCAAGCAGAUUUCUCAUAUGGUGGUCGGACCAAAUGCCUGUCGCAAUCGCUCAAUCUCAAAGAUGCAUUUUUCUGCAUCGACAGUCCAACAUGUACGUCCCGGAAGGGGAGAGACUUGUGCUACUGGCUGGUGUCAGGACAGGCGCUUCAUCGCUCGCGGAUCUACAGACGCCGUUGACACUGCACUUCGUUCCGCAGUUCCCAACAUCUCUCACUACAUUCGCAACAGAGCAUGCUGGUUUCUAUGGAAACUCGCCAUCCUGCAAUACGGUUAUUUGUCUGUGCCAGAUGGAUCACUCAUCCACAAGUCUGAAGUUUCAAACACGACAAUACCCCGCUCGCCAGUGCUGUUCCUACAGGACGAACCAGCAGGAUGUUAUGUUGCAUCACACAGCAGAGAUGGAGAAGUGCUUCCAUUGACGCGGUACGUCUGCAACC